CUUGAACUCCACCUCUGUUUGGUGACACACAGAACGACAAUAUGGCGUGGCGUCCCUUCUCUACUAAUGCCAUUUCUCUCUCUCUCUUUCAAAUCUUCUCCUCUUCUCCCUUCAAAUGACCUAUUUUUUAACCAACUCUAUAGCCCACUGCUUUUUCCCAUGCACUUUGUCUUCUUCGUCAAUCGUCACAUCCAUUUCUUCCUAUAUAUACCCACGCUAUUUUCUCUUCUGGUUUCAUGCAUGCCUCUUCUGUGCCAUAACUUCAUAAACUUAGUUUUUUUUUUUUUUUCCUCUGACAAGUUUUCUAGCUCUUCGCCAUUUGUCUAGCUCUCAAGAUUCGUCUCCAUAACUUGGCUACUUAACCUCUGACAGUUAGCUAGUCCCAUAUGUAGUGUUGCAUUAAUUAACAAUGUCUAGCAGAAGAUCUCGUUCGAGACAGACACCAGGUGUUUCUAGGAUUAGUGAUGACCAGAUCGUCGAUCUUGUUUCUAAAUUGCAACAACUUAUCCCUGAGAUUCGCAGUAGCCGCUCCGACAAGGUCUCGGCUUCAAAGGUGUUGCAGGAGACAUGCAACUAUAUAAGAAGGUUACACAAAGAAGUGGAUGAUCUUAGCGACCGUUUAUCUCAGCUUUUGGCUUCAACUGACUCCGAUAGUGCACAGGCGGCCAUAAUUAGGAGUUUGCUUAUGGAGUAGUAGACGAUAAUUAAGCAGCUUUGUUUCCCAUUUGUUCUUCCACUUCUAUCUACUAUAGAUAUAAAUGUAUGUCUAGGGUUUGAUCAAUAGUCCAGGAUAAGGCUUGGUAUGGGCUUCAUAUAGCUAGCUCCGCUCUUAUGAGAAGACUUUGUGGUAAUGUUAGUAUUAUUAGCACUUUAAUAAGAGGAUUAGUACGUAUUUAUUACCUUAUUUGACAA